AUGAGCCACCUCUACGAGCCAGUCACAAGUUCAGAAUCGCAAAAUGACGGGGCUGUUGGAAACCAAGUCAAAAGGCCAUUGGGAAAGGGAGAAUUAUUCCGUCUGGCAAUAAGCAUGGGAGGUCUACAAGUGACCUGGGUGACUGUUAUGGCGGCAGGCUCACCGUUUCUUCUCUCCCUUGGACUUGUACCGUCACUUGUUUCUCUGGUCUGGCUGUCUGGCCCAGUAUGCGGCACUCUCCUCCAACCAUUCAUCGGAUACAAAAGUGAUACAUUAGUUUCCAUCAAUAUGCUGGCAUGGACCAGUGAGACAAUGCGGCUGACUUGCUCCGUGCUGGGUGUCAAUCCGUAUAACCGUGCCCCUAGUUUAAUCACCAAACUGCUGGCAGUUUUCUGGAUCUGGGUAUUAAAUAUCUCGCUCCAGCCAGUUCAAGCUGGCCUCAGAGCCCUCGCUGUGGAUUGCUGUCCAGAUACGCAACAGGCUGAAGUUGGCACAUUUACCAGCUGCAUCGUUCUCCUCGGCAACUUGGUCGGCUAUGGCGCUGGGUUCCUGAAAAUGCCUAUUCCAAGUGUGCCUGGGUUGGUCGAGAAUAUACAAUUCAAAGGUCUCUGUCUGAUUGCCUCCCUAUGCCUCGGGAGUACCGUGGCGAUUACCUGCUACUUUACGAAAGAGCGAAGUCUAGCAACAACUCCCUCGCCCCAGAAGAAGAUCCGCGCUUGGCGAGUGUUCUGGGAAAUUCAGAAAACAGCAAUAGAUCUUCCUCCAACAGUGAAGACAGUUUGCCUAGUUCAAUUCUUCUCUUGGCUGGCUUGGUUUCCUUUUCUGUUUUAUGGCGUAACAUACCUGAGCAAAAUUUACAAAUCCAACCUUCUCCUAAUAAAAAUGGGGCCUCCUUCCAACCAUUUCUAUAAUGCACUGCAUGAAGAAUCCAUAAGACAUGGCACAUUAGCAUUGGUCUUAUUCUCAUGUGUCGCACUGAUAACCAACUUUACUCUUCCGUACCUAAUUCACGACAAUCCAGGCGAUAGAACACGAGACGUGACUGAUAUAGGGAAUGUAUGGGGUCGCAUCAAGAGGAACUUGACCCUCCCUCGCGCGUGGAUGGUUUCUCACGUUCUGUCUUCAAUAAGUCUCUUUGGGUUGACUGUGGGAGAAGACUUCAUCUCAUCUGUGGUAUUUGUUGCUAUCCUCGGUAUCUCUUGGGGUCUCACGCAAUGGGCACCUUUCGCGAUCAUCGGGGCAGAAAUUGCUAAAGAGUCCAUCCCAAACCCCUUGUAUCGUGAUCACUCCACGAGGGUACCGGAAGCUGCCUCUUCUUCUGGCUCGUUUACUACAAAUGAUGAAAUUGAUGCUGAGAAGCAACAAUUCUCAUCGAAUCAUUCACCCGGUCCGGCGCGGUCAAUGGCGGCUACAACGAUGGGGGUCCAUAACAUUGCCAUCUCCUUACCGCAAAUCUGCUCCGCCAUUAUCAGUAGUCUUAUAUUUGCAAUUUCCACCUCACUCAAUCUCGGACCAACAGUGACGCUGGCGUGGGUGUUGCGAUGCGGAGUGGUGGCAGCUGCUUGUGCUGCUUAUCUAGGUCGUGGUAUCUAG